UUGGCAUCAUCAAAUCCGAAUAAGAUCUAUUUUUCCGCUUUCUGUUUUGAGGGGCUAAAAGAAAGUCGAAUUUUGAUGGAUGGUUUACCAGACCAUUUAGUUUGGGAGAUUUUGGGGAGGAUCAAGAAAACCAAUGACAGAAACUCUGUGUCUUUAGCAUGUAAACGUCUUCAUGAAUUGGAUAAAAAACAGAGACAAUGGAUUCGGGUUGGUUGCGGAUUAGACCCUGCGAACGAUGCUUUGACUUCCCUAUGCAAUAGGUUUCCAAACUUGGCAAAGGUGGAGAUAAGUUACUCUGGUUGGAUGUCCAAAUUAGGAAAGCAAUUGGAUGAUCAAGGGCUUCUCAUCCUUGCCAGUUGCUGCCCUUCUCUGACUAAUCUCACCUUAAGCUACUGCACGUUCAUUACAGAUGUGGGUCUUCGUUAUUUGGCUUCUUGCUCCAAGCUUUCUGCUUUGAAGUUGAAUUUCACCCCUAGAAUCUCAGGUUGUGGCAUAUUAUCUCUUGUUGUGGGCUGCAGAAAUCUAGCUGUUCUCCACCUUAUUAGAUGUCUGAAUGUUACCAGUGUUGAAUGGCUUGAAUAUCUUGGCAAGCUUGAAACACUCGAGGACCUUUCGAUUAAGAAUUGCAGAGCAAUUGGGGAAGGUGAUUUAAUUAAGCUAGGUCUUGGUUGGCGAAAACUGAAAAGGUUGCAAUUUGAGGUGGAUGCUAAUUACAGAUAUAUGAAAGUUUAUGAUAGGUUGGCUGUGGAUCGAUGGCAAAAGCAAUGGGUGCCGUGCGAAAACAUGCUGGAGCUGAGCUUGGUGAAUUGCAUCAUCAGCCCAGGGAGAGGUCUUGCUUGUGUGUUGGGGAAAUGCAAGAAGUUGGAGAAGAUUCACUUAGAUAUGUGUGUUGGGGUAAGGGACUGUGAUAUCAUUGGCUUAGCCCAAAGAUCAAGUAAUCUUCGGUUCAUUUCGUUGCGAGUUCCAUCCGAUUUCUCGCUGCCACUUUUGACGAACAAUCCUUUAGAAUUGACAGAUGAGAGUUUAAAAGCUUUGGCUAAGAAAUGUUCAAUGCUUGAAUCAGUGAGGAUAUCUUUUUCUGAUGGAGAGUUCCCUUCAUUCUCUUCAUUUACACUAAAUGGAAUGAUUACUUUGAUUCAAAUGUGCCCUGUUCGUGAGCUUGCUCUUGACCAUGUGUAUUCAUUCAAUGAUCAUGGGAUGGAGGCCCUUUGCUCAGCUCAGUAUCUUGAAACCCUAGAACUUGUCAAAUGCCAAGAGAUUAGUGAUGAGGGCCUGCAGCUUGUGAGCCAGUUUCCGCGAUUACGCGUUCUAAGAUUAAGCAAGUGUUUGGGGAUUUCUGAUGAUGGCUUAAAGCCACUUGUGGGGUCAUACAAAUUGGAAUUGCUGGCUGUUGAAGACUGCCCUCAGAUUUCUGAUCGAGGUGUUCAUGGAGCUGCAAAAUCUAUUACUUUCAGGCAGGACUUGUCAUGGAUGUUUUGAUCUUUUCAUGGCCUCUUAACAGCAGGCAUCAAAACAUUUGUUCUUCGUUUGUGAAUGUAAUAUAUAUAGUUUCUGUAAUUAAAGUGAAUGAUUUUUUAUUCGUUUAAAUUUGGUUUUCCAUUGACUUGC